AUUUCAUAAUAAACAAAGACUUCAACAACCUCAUUAUGCCGGCCACGGCAACUCAGCCCGCGGCGGCUUCUGCGCUGGAAGGCCCUGUCGCUUUUGGACUAUCGGGGGACCAGCGCUGGGCAUUGGCGUCUGCUGCGGCAGCAGUGGCAGCAGCACUGGUCGUGGCUUCUGGUGAAAGGUGGCGCCCAGACAUGUUUACCAGCUUAGGCAUCGCUUGCGUUAUAUCUCUGGUACUGGGCCUCUCCCCGGCCAUCCCCCGCACAAUGAUGUUCAUCAGCAGCCCUUCAUGUCGCAAAGUGAACGAAGUCCGCAAAGGGCUGGCGGGCCUCAUCAUUUGCCUGGGAUCCCUCUGGCUGGGCUUCGGUUUUGUGGGGCCAGCUGGAGCCCUUACAGUUGCUGCGGAAACUGCGGCCUUUCAUGUCUUGCUGGACGGGGUCCUCAUCAAGCGCGGCGCGGGCAGUGCCAGCAGCAAGGCCAAGGCGGUGGAAAGCAGCAACAGCAGUGGCAAUGGAGCGGAAGGGAGCAGCACGGCGGUAGCGGUGCCCCCUGAACGGCUGGAGGAGGUGCAGGGCGCUCCUGGCUCCCCUGCGUUGGGGGCGGCCGGGGCAGCGGACUCGGCCCCAGUCCUGGCUGACGGGUUGGCGGCAGAGGCAGCGGUGGUGACCAAGUAGGCUGCUGAGCUGGGCACACGGGUUGGCACGCACGACAUUUUGUGGGUCAGCGGCCAAUGAUGACGGUUGUGGUGCGGUCCAGUGCAAUGGCUGAUGUAAUGUAGAGGCCCAGGUAUGGGGUACAGUGGCACUCCCAACAAGUUGCCGUACAGCAGACCCGACUGACCUCACACGAGUGUGAGAACGCGUGACGAAAGCGGCAGCAUUCUUUGCGGGGGCCGUCAUACUGUGUGUGGGCGCUGCAGACAAGUGUGGCGCCAGCAAAUAGGCAUAUUUGCUCAAAGUUACUUGCUAUUACAAGCCCGCCUGCGUCUGCGCAAGCUUCACGCUCGCACUCAGGUGGCGAGCGGGUUCAAGAGUACCGUAGGGUCCGUGCGUGCGCCCUGAUGAACUGAGCCGUGGGAGCAGCAGCGCUGGCUGUGCCCUUCAAGUUAUGUAAUGAGAAAGAAUGGCCC